AUGUCGGACGAAAAGAGCGGAAAACAAGCUACCUUGGGAAGGUUCUUCGGUUCGAAUGCCAACCAAGCGCCAAAGAAACAGACUACGUUAGCCUUCGGUGGGAAAAGACAGCGCGCCAGCAGUGAUGCACCUGAUGCAGAGGCAAAGGACACUACAGAUGACGUGAAGACGGAAACAAAACCAGACACUGAUUCGGCGCUUGUCACUUCCACCAAUGGAGCAUCUCCCACGAAACGCACGAAGCGGGAGACGAGCGCCGAAGCGGAAGAAAGCGAUGGAUCGGACAUCCAGCCUGUUUCCAAGCGCCGUAAGAAGGCGUCCGUCAACUCAUCACCAGCUGCCAAAAAGUCCACGCCGUCCCCGAAGAAGCCGAAAACAAGCCAGCCGAAGCUUGAAUCGCCUUCGCCCAAACCGAUUACAAAGAAGGCCACAGAAGUGAAGUCUGAGGAGAAAUCACCAUCAGUUGAGAAAGAGGAAGAAGUCUCGGAAAGCGAAGAAGAAGACCUCGAGCCCGAGGCCAAGAAGAAAUCAAUCGAAAAGUUCCAAGCCAAAUUGACAGGGAGUGGUAAAGACCCAUAUCCGGACUGGAAGGCAGGCGACGCUGUGCCCUACGCCGCGCUAUGCACCACCUUCUCUUUGGUCGAGAUGACCAGAAAGCGCUUGGAAAUCACCGAUCACUGCUCCCUCUUCCUUCGCCAAGUUCUUCGCCUGACCCCAGACGACUUCCUGCCCACAGUUCAACUCAUGAUCAACAAGUUGGCUGCAGACUACGCAGGAAUUGAAUUGGGUAUUGGAGAGUCUCUGAUCAUGAAAGCCAUCGGCGAAUGUACUGGUCGCAGCCUUGCUAUCAUCAAAGCCGAUCAGCGUGAGAUUGGAGAUCUGGGACUCGUGGCUGCCAAGAGCAGGUCAAACCAGCCUACGAUGUUCAAGCCAAAGGCUUUGACCGUUCGGGGUGUUCAUGCAGGCCUACUAGGUAUCGCGCAGGUCCAGGGUCACGGAUCCCAGGACAAAAAGAUUUCAGGAAUCAAAAAACUUUUGUCUGCAGCGGACGCCGAUGCCGCCGGCAAGGGAAGCAAGGGAAUUGAUAUCAACAAGGAUAAGGGCGGACCAAGCGAAGCCAAGUACAUUGUCCGCUUUUUGGAGGGCAAGCUCAGGCUGGGACUUGCCGAGAAGACGGUUCUUGUCGCUGUUUCUCGCGCAAUCCAAGCACACGAAGCUGAAUCAAGCGGCAACAAGCUGCCAACGACCGAGCAGAUGGUUGCAGGCGAGAACAUUUUCAAGUCUGUCUACAGCGAGCUUCCUGCUUACGAGGUUAUCAUUCCUGCGAUGCUCAAGCAUGGUCUUUCUAAACUACCGGAAGUUUGCAAACUUCAGCCGGGAAUUCCUCUCAAGCCUAUGCUUGCCAAGCCUACUAAGUCUAUCACCGAAGUCCUCGACCGCUUCGAAGGAAAAGAGUUCACCUGCGAGUACAAGUAUGAUGGAGAAAGAGCACAGAUUCACUUUGUGUCACCAGACUCAAUCGACCAGUAUCCUGGAGCUCUGGCUACAUUGCAGAAGGAUAGCAAGGGCCUGUCCUCAAUCUUUUCCCGAAACUCAGAAGAUCUUUCUAAGAAAUAUCCUGAUGUUUUGGGUAAGCUUGACACCUGGGUUAAGAACGACGUGAAGAGCUUCGUUCUUGACUGCGAAACAGUUGCAUGGGACACAGAGAACAAGAAGGUUCUGCCCUUCCAGCAACUGAUGACCCGUAAGCGUAAAGAUGUCAAGGCUGAGGACGUCAAGGUCAAAGUUUGCGUGUACGCUUUCGAUUUGCUGUUUUUCAAUGGAGAGCCCUGUGUGAAAAAGUCUCUGAGAGAACGUCGAGAGCUUAUGCACGAAUGCUUCCAGCCAGUCGAGGGCGAGUUCCAAUUUGCCCAAUACGGCAACUCGAAUGUUCUAGAUGAGAUCCAAGAAUUGCUCGAAGCUAGUGUCAAGGCUUCUUGCGAGGGUCUUAUGGUGAAAAUGCUGGACACAGACGAGAGUGGCUAUGAGCCCAGCAAGCGCAGUCGCAAUUGGCUGAAGGUCAAAAAAGACUACCUAGCUGGCGUUGGCGACUCUCUCGACUUGGUUGUUCUGGGCGCGUACUAUGGACGUGGAAAGCGUACCUCGGUCUAUGGUGCCUUCCUCCUUGCUGCCUACAACCCCAACAGUGAUACCUAUGAGACCAUCUGUAACAUCGGCACUGGCUUCUCUGAAGCGCUCCUCGAGGAGCUGCAUAAGACGCUGGUUCCUCUGGUCAUCGACCGCCCCAAGCCUUUCUAUACUCACUCAACUGUUCCCAAGGACCAACCCGAUGUCUGGUUUGAACCCAGGCUGGUAUGGGAGGUCAAAACAGCCGAUCUGACUCUCAGUCCUCGCUACCAAGCCGCUGCGGAUGAGUUCCAAGGAACCACUGAUAGUGGAAAGGGUAUAUCUCUGCGUUUCCCGCGAUACAUCAAAUCUCGCGACGACAAGAAGCCAGACGAGGCCACCACCACGCGUGCGGUUGCUGAGAUGUAUCGGAAGCAGGAAGCAGUCAGUAAGGAGAGCUCGAGCAAGGGCGGUGUGGACGAUGACUUUGAGUAUUGA